GCAGCUAAAACCUCUUCCUGCUUCAGCAACAGGAGACAAAACAAGACCACUGUGUUCGAUCCACACAUUUCAUCUUAAAGUCCCAAAUGACUUAGCUGACAAGUCCAUAGAAUUACACCAGUACUUUGAGUUUCAGUUUCCACCUGUGAGCUUACCUUACAGGUGCAGCUAAUCAGAUGGAAGUCAGCAGGAUAGCACAUCACAGAUGCCAUGAGAGCGCUAACUUGGAGAAUCAACACAGGCCUGAAGACAAAAGACAUAUCAAAGAAACAGAGAAAGCAACCAAACUGAACUUUUGAAUAAUGAAAUGCUGUUGCAUUAACCAGGGAUCCCUGGAUGUCAGUGUGUAACACUAUCAAUCUGUAAAAUACUGAAAAUAAACCCUGUAUUUAUGUAAAAUAAUGGGUACGACUGAAUAAACUUUCUACAGCUGUGUGCUCUCUCUGAGUCACGGUUUAAAACCACAGUGCUAUAACAGGACAUCAUUCAUCCUAAAGAUUAUAAAGUACUUUGCAUUGCACUUUCUUGAUUCACACUGCAGAGAAAUUGUUAAUAUUGAUUGAAAGGCUGUUUGAAAUACAAAAUAAUUUAAUUUUAAAUAUACAACAGAGAUUUAGAAGGCAUCAGUGCAGAUUUAAAUCCACAGAUUAUUGCAAAUCGAUAUACACUGCGUUCCAAAUUAUUAUGCAAAUUUUAUUUAAGCGUCAUAAAGGUUUGGAUCGCUGAAAUCAAUCUCAGACACCUGUGAUAAUUAGUUUGCCAGGUGAGCUCAAUUAAGAGAAAACUACUAAAGAAGGAUGUUCCACAUUAUUAAGCAGACCAACAUUUUCAAGCAAUAUGGGAAAGAAAAAGGAUCUCUCUGCUGCUGAAAAGCGUGAAACAGUUGAAUGCCUUGGACAAGGUAUGAAAACUUUAGAUAUUUCACAAAACCUUAAGCCUGAUCAUCGUACUAUUAAGAGACUUGUGGCUGAUUCAGAGCACACACGGGUACAUUCAGAUAAAGGCACAAUGAGGAAGGUGUCUGCCAGACAAAUACGUAGGAUUAAGAGAACAGCUGCUAAAAUGCCAUUACAAAGCCGCAAAUAGAUAUUUGAAGCUGCUGAUGUCUCUAGAGUCCCACAGACCUCGAGGUGUAGGAUCCUCCAGAGCAGUGGUUCUCAAGUCCAGUCCUGGAGGCCCACUGUCCUGCAUGUUUUGGAUGUUUCCCUGCUCCAACACACCUGAUUCAAAUGAUCAGCUCGUUACUAAGCCAUUACAGAGCUUGAUAAGAGCUUAUCAUUUGAAUAAGGUGUGUUGGCGCAAGGAAACAUCCAAAACAUGCAGGACAGUGGGCCUCCAGGACUGGACUUGAGAACCACUGCUCAAGAGGCUUGCAGUUGUGCGUAAACCCUCUCUUCGGCCACCCCUGAACAAUGCUCACAAGCAGAAACGGUUGCAGUGGGUCCAGAAAUAUAUGAAGACAAAUGUUGAAAUAGUCUUGUUCACUGAUGAGUGCCAUGCAACGCUGGAUGGUCCAGAUGGAUGGAGUAGUGGAUGGCCACCAUGUCCCAACAAGGCUGCGAUGUCAGCAAGGAGAUGGUGGCGUCAUGUUUUGGGCUGGAGUCAUGGGGAGAGAGCUGGUCGGCCCCUUUAAGGACCCUGAAGGUGUGAAAAUGACCUCUGAAAAGUAUGUGGAGUUUCUGACUGACCAUUUUGUCCCAUGAUACAAAAAGUAGAACCGUGCUUCUCGUAAUAAAAUCAUCUUCAUGCAUGACAAUGAACCAUGUCAUGCUGAAAGGGAUACCUCUGCAUCAUUGAAUGCUAUGGGCAUAAAAGGAGACAAACUCAUGUUGUGGCUGACCUCAAUCCUAUCGACAACCUUUGCAGAAUCCUCAGGCAAAAGAUCUAUGAGGGUGGGAGGCAGUUCACAUCCAAACAGCAGCUCUGGGAGGCUAUUCUGACAUCCUGCAAACAAAUCCAAGCAGAAACUCUCCAAAAACUCACAAAUUCGAUGGAUGCAAGAAUUUUGAAGCUGCUUUCAAAUAAGGGGUCCCAUGUUAAAAUGUAACUUGACCUGUUAAGAUGUUUUUGAUUAAAAUAGCUUUUGAUUUCAGUAAAUAUGACCUCCCAACACUGCGAAUUCAACAAAUGACCAUUUUCAGUUCUUUACAACCUAUAAAAUGUUUUAAAACUCUGUUGUGCAUAAUAAUUUGGAACAGUAUAUUUUAAGUUGUUUUAUUUUUGAAAAGAAUACUGUUAUCAUUGGGAGGUUAGUUCAAUAACAUUUAAAUUAUACUCUAACAGAUUAUGACUUGAAAAUUAUGCUGACUGUCAUUUGCGUUGAUUAUUUAGAAAAUCUGAGAAAAAUAUCAUUUGCAUAAUAAUUGGGAUCAAUAAAGUUCUUCUUGAUCAAAAUUUUUUAAAUAAAUAAUUUGACCAUCCUGGUUUUUAAGCUUGUAAAGACAAACUGACACAUAAAAAAAAACAUCAGGUAAUCAGAAUUGAACAACAUUUAAAUUUUUCCCUGUAAAAUUACUAAUACAACUCAUACAAUGUUAGGAAAUUGCUUCCCAACAUUUUGGUGAUACCUAUAGAUUCUGAACUGGUACCGUGUCAGAGCUCUGCUCCCCUCUAGUGUCCAAUAUCUGUCAGCAGCACAUGGACCCAGUGGACGGGUUACAGCGCAAGUUCAUGUAAAGGAAGGUAAGUGCAUUCAAUAGCCUACAGGGUAAUUUAGAGUAUGUAAGAACCAUAAAAAGUAAACAAAAUUACAAUGAAAGAUAAUAUUUAAAAGUCAUUAAACAAGGCAUUUCAAGUUAAAGCAAAGAGAAAACAGAAGAGCAGAAUCUGAAGUUUUCAAAUAUAAGCACAUCAGUUAAAUUGCAGUUUUGAUUAUAGGUAUUACAAUAAAUUUGUAAAACUUAAGCAAUCACAGGCCGCUGCAAACAGGUUUCUCCAUCCUGGAUUUAAAAAGACCGUGAGUUUUAGUGGACCUGAUAUUUUCCGAGACUGUGUUUUAAAUGUAUGAAGCAGCUGAAAAUGCAGCCUCCCCAUGUGUGAUUCUGACUCUGAGGACGGACAGCAGACCUGUCCCAAAUCACCUGAGCAGUCUAGAUGCUUCACUGGUGUUGGGCCAGCUCAUAUCCACCAAGAUCCAAGAAUUACUUUAAAUCUACAAAGGCUGUAUAAUCUUUCUCAUCUACCUUACCAUGUCAGAGCAAGUUUGACCCUUCUUUUCUCAGGUAGACUACCUCAGUGUAGAUGCCCCUACUGACAACAAGAGCCCUCUCUUUCAGCUCUCCAUAUUUUCCUUGUUUUUGAAGCUGAGUCCUGAAAUGACAAUAAAGGAAACUGAAUUCAACAGGAGUGUAAAGAUCGCAUAACUUCAGUUUUUAUAAAUACAAAGACAACAUGCGUGAACUCCUUUUACAACACACGUUUUAGAGAUACUGCUGUAAGGUCAACACAUGAAGACCAGUGGUUGAUUUCUCACACUGUUUAUUGAAACACAGAGAAAAUGAUGAGGUAGGCAUGGUUCUGUCUCUUUGUUGUUUCUGCAGGGGGAAAAUUUGAUGGAGCAACACAAAGUGAAAGAGGAGGAGGAGGGAAUGAGGAGGGGAGUAGUGAUGUGGGACUGUCUGUCAGUUGAAGGUCUUCUUCCAUCAGCCUCCUGUAGAGAUAAACCUGCUGACUGAGGAUGAUCUGUGGGCAGGUCACUGUGUCCUCCAUGCUUCUAAUACAUCUCCUUUCACAAAUUCUGGCUAUAAACUCAGGCUGUGUGUAUAAGAGAUGUGGUUUUCAGGUUCAAUACCUCCUUAAACAGACAUCCAGGUGACAACAGCUGGCUCUUACAUGCCAUUUUAAAGAACAUUCCUAUUCCCAAGGUUGCAGUUUGACGGUUUAUUUAGAAACUUUGUAGACAAAGCAGUGUUACUUCACACAAACAGAGUGUAGAUUCCGUGACUUCCCUGAAUGCAUCAGAAAUGAUGGCUCUGACCUCCAUUCAAUGAGUAUUCGAAUGCUGUUUUCCUCCACUAUAUACAGAGAAACUGAGACCCUCAAUAAACAGAUAAACAUGUACUAUGGUGGAUGGAAGAAGCAAAGCUAUGAUAAUGUUUAUCUUCAGAAAUGUGUGAAGAGUUGAAUCUUCUUUUUCUGUUUAUCUACAAAAAACACUGGUUUGCUUCCCCGGUCAUGAUUUUGACAGACAAUGGGGCCAAAGGUUUUUAAAAUAAAACUUGAUAUAAAUUAUGGCACACUGCUACUUUUAACAUACAAGGAAGUAAACCUUUGGUUCUGGCAGUAAAUAUUGACCACUAAAAGCUGAUGGUUUAUCAGAGCAGCAUUUAAACAGAGAUGGGUUUUGGAUCAUCAGCAGGGGGAGGAGUUGGCUCUGGAUCAAGACCCUCAUCAAGGUCAUAGCUAAUUGGUGAGGGAUCCUGCGCAGUAUCCUUGCUGUUCCUAGGACUGCACUCUUCUGGAGUGAGAUGUCUGCUGUUUCCCCAGGGAUCUGUUGGAGCCUCUUCUCUAGUGUGGGGGUUAUUGCCCUAAGUGCCCUGAUGACCACAGGCAUCACUGUUGCCUUCACCUUCCAGGCUUUCUCUAGCUCCUCUUUGAGCCCUUGGUACUUCUCACAUUUUUCGUGUUUCUUUUUUCUGAUGUUGUCUGAUUUCUUUGUUCUGAUCGCUUGGGAUGGCAACACCUACCACAACGGCUUUCCACUUCUGUCUGUCUAUGAUGACAAGGUCCGGUUGGUUGACCAUUACCAUUUUGUUGGUCUGUAUCUGGAAGUCCCACAGGGUCUUGGCUCGGUCAUUCUCCAUCACCUUGGGAGGUGCUUCCCAUUUUGACCUCAGGGUUUCCAGUCCAUAAUCUGCACAGAUGUGGUACCUCAAAGUUACUGAUCACCUCUGUUCAUAAACAUUGCCUGUAGUCAGAUCGACUGGGGAUGGUGCGCCACUGAAGUGAAGACUGAAGAGAUGUGUUGGGGUGAUACACAUUCAAUCAUGUCAUUAUGCAAACACAUAGCCAAUCAUGUCGUGCAACAUCAGAGCUGUAGGAUCCAAGUUUGGUACUUAACCAGUUUAAGUCAAAACUUUAAUAAAACUUAUCAAGUUCCUUGACAUGAGCACCAAGUUUCAAACCAGUAUAUGGUAACGAUAGCUCUUAUUAUUUAUCUUAAGUCGAUGGUUUGAAUUGACAAGUGCAGAGCUGAGAUAUGUUCACAGAGUGGCCAUCAGAGGGCAGCAAACACAGAUGCAGACUGAUGUAUUACCUCUCACUUUAACUCAGGGGUGGGCAAUCAUGUGCCAUGGAGGGCAGAGAGGCUGCAGGUUUUCUUUCCAACCCAAAACUCCACCAGGUGAUUUCACUGAUUACCUUACCUCCAAGCAGAGAGCAGGGACUAAUCUGUGAAAUCACCUGGUGGAGUUUUGGGUUGGAAAGAAAACCUGCAGCCUCUCUGCCCUCCAUGGCACAUGAUUGCCCACCCCUGCUUUAACAUCAUACACAUUAUCUAAUUACUGCAAAUAUACGUUAUAUUCAACAUGUUUGCUUCUGCGAAAAAAAGAGGGCACUGCCAAAAACAAAAGACCCCAAAGUCAACCUCAACAUCCGCUCAUCAGGGCCUUUAGGCAGAGGGCUGAAAGGCUAACUUUACCCAAAGAUUUUGUUGAGACAUCUGAGCCCUGCAGGACUCACACUUUCUAUGUGUCUGUGUGUUUGUCUUUUUAACUCAUUGAGCCUUUAUGCAUUUACAAAUUCAAACAUAUGCAGUGACAUGAAAUCAAUAAACAACAAAGAAAAGUGUUAAUUUUUGAACAGACCACUCAAUAGACUGGAGAAAACAAACUGCCAUCAAACCCACCCUAAAUUAAAAUAGGCUAGAGACAAGACAAGGUCACAGUGGUAAGAGAGUAUUUAUGAAUGAAAGGUAUUUGCGCUCACACACAUACACACACACACACGCGCGCACAUACACACUUAGACAGCAGUAUAGAUAAGUGUGAUUAUUAUGAGUCUAACUGUUAAUGUUCAAGGUCAUUGGAGCAGCUGAUAACACACACACACACACACACACACACGCAGCCUUGCAUUGAUUAAGCAGUGAUUGGAGGCUGACUCUGUGAACAGUGAUCUUUGAUCAGCAGUAAAAGUCCAAACAUGUUUUAUUCUGAUCCUAGAAAUGCUGCACUGGCAGCAGCUUUCAGCUUCACUGACAGAGAAUGCACCUGUUGUUUCAUCACAGGUAAAUCACGCUAGCAUGUUAGAACAUGUUAGUAUCAAGCCGAAACACCCAGUGAUGAAAAAUUAAACCUGAAGAAUCUUCCUUAUCUACCCUCAAGAUGAGAAACAAGAUAGAAACUCUGAAUGAAAACCCUGCACUUGUCAACACGUUCAGAACGCUACUUUGUGUGUCUCUUUUAGCCUCAUGUUCCAAAUAAAUUUCUCCUUGAUGAAUUAUUAACUUAAUAGCUUAUUUAACUCCAAACUUAUUCUCUAUCAAGAAGAGUUACAAUAAAGCUUGUACAGAAAUGCUAUACACAGCAGUACCUUGAGUGUCCACUAGAGGCUGAACGCUCAAGCAUCAGAAGCCACAUACACUCUCACUCUAAAAAGCCCAUCAUUAUCGAGAAAACUGAACGCGUUUGCGAACUGGAGAAAAACAUCAGUUUUAGCUCAUUAUAACUCAUUUCUUUCUGCACACACUGUAUGAGUGUAAACUUAUCAACUACUCAUAAGUUUGAAAGGUUUUACAGUUAUAGGUUUGGGGUAAUUAACAGGUAAAAAAAAGGACACUAAAGGUCCUUACACACCGGGGCCAACACGAGCAUAGAACGCGAAACUACAAAUUUUUCGGAGGCGAAUUUUGAUGCAUCUGACUAUACACAUCAAGCACAAUGCGAUUUUACGACUUUCCGGGGGGAAAUGGUGCUGUGACAGCAACGCGACUGAGUUUGAGACAGUGAAAAUAUAUACGGUAUGUUGUAUCUGAACAGGUUAGCUUAUGAGCUAAAGUUACUUAGCACAGAUGAAAGUUAAAACAAAGAUGUUUAGCAAACUGUUAAAGCACACAAACCAUCCUUCAGGUCAUUAUCUUUGUAAUGUUUGUGUCUCCGACACGUAAACAAUCAGCUGGUUGGCCAUGUUGGAUAUACCGGUGGUGAAUCAGACAUCACAACAACACGCAAUCUGAUUGGUCAGUAGUGGACAAACAGUAUGCGAAACUUUAGAAAAAUCGACCGUGAUCUGAAAAAAUUAAUGCCGCAAUAUCUCAGGACGGGAAAACAUCACUGAUGUGAACACUUGUAUUGACAGGAUACAGGUUCGAAAAAAAAUAUUGACGUCUGAAAUAAUCGCACGACAAAAAUGGUCCUGGUGUGAAAGAACCUUUAAAGCACAGCAUAUGCAACAGCUUUGUCCUGAGACCAGUGAUGGGAAGAUCAAGCCUCAUGAAGCUUCCUUUCAAUUAGUGCUGAAAAAGUCUUUCAGACUCAGCAAACAUGGGAAAAGGAACAGCGGCAACAACAAGCAUUAAACUGACGUUGCUCAGCUGCUGCUGUGGCUUCAUCACUGACAUGCUCCAAAUAAUCAUGACAAUGAGAAAGAUGCCUGAAGGCAGUGUGGACUGCAGCACACCUGGUACAGGUAAGUGACUAAAUGAAGGCUGCACCUCCACUCAAAACCAACUCAGCCUGAAAUAGGUGGGAAUCACCUGUACUCAGAUGAGACACACUGCAGUGGAAGAUAUGAUGGAUUUUUGAAUAUCUACCAGUCCACUACCAACAUUACAGUCUCAAGGUCCUUUUUGUCGUGCAAUUAUUUCGGAUGUCAAAUUUUUUUUUGAACCCGUAUCCUGUCAAUACAAGCGUUCACAUCAGCCAUGUUUUCCCGUCCAUUUAUUUUUUCGGAUCAUGGUCGAGUUUUCUAAAGUUACUGUGUGUCCACUCUGACCAAUCAGAUUGCGUGUUGUUGCGACGUCAGAUUCACUGGUAUAUCCAACAUGGCCGACUGGCUAAUUUUAUACAUGUCUGAAAACAGAGUGUUUUAUGACAUAAGACACAAACAUUACAAGGAUUACGACCUGAAGGACAACAUAGCGUUGGAUCUCUCAUAUGACGAUGUUUUGUAUGCUUUAACAGUUUGCUAAACGCCUUAGUUUUAACUUUCAUCUGCGCUAACGUAUGGUAACGGUUGUUACCACGGUUUCAUGUGCCUAUCUUAUCGCCUCUGAUUGGCCAUAAGUGCUGACCAUUUGGCUUGAGCGUUUGAUAACGUUUCCAGCUUUUCUAGCCAAUCAGAGGCGAAGGAGGCGGGACUUUCCCCGGGAAAAGUCUUUUGCGUGUUUUCCCCCCUGGAAAGUCGCAAAUUUGCAUUGGGCUUGAUGUGUAUAGUCAGCGCGUCAAAAUUCACCUCCAAAUAUUUUGGAAAUUUGCAUUCUAUAUUCACAUCGGCCCCUGUGUGUAAGGACCUUCACUGUCAUCUUGUUACAAAAUCAAAGCCUACACGUGUUUGAGUUCCAAUCAGUGGUGAUGUAUUUUCAGCCUGUCAUUAGCUACGUUUACAUGGAGCCAAAUAUUCCGAAUAUAAUCGGAUUAGAAGCCCAAUCGGAAUGAAAAUGCUCCAUAUAAACACCUCAUUCGGAAUAAACAGGCCCAUUCCGAAUGGAAUUUCAUUCCGAUUCACAGGGGUAGAAUUUUCCUUUUCCCAUUCCGAUUAAAAGCAAAAUCCUGUCAUGUAAACGGUGAAUCGGAAAGUUGUCAGGCUGGGUUCUGUCUGCGCAUGCUCUGUCCUGAUGUAAACAAGCAGUAACGUAUGACUCACAUGGAAACAUGAUGGCGGCUUCCAAGCAGAGCACGAUGCACUGGUCUGCGUCGGAGAGUUUGUUUUUGAUACAAACUCUCAAAGAACUAGACAUUGUCGCACGCUUAGACGGUAGGAAAACACGAAAUGCUGAACUAUUUAAAAAAGUUCACGAAAAACUCUGCGAGGCAGGGGUGGACCGUAACGUCGAACAGAUUAGGAACCGCUGGAAAACACUGAAGGCUGGCUACUAUAGGGCUAAACAGCACAACAGCAAAAGUGGGUAUGACCCCAACAACUUCCCGUUUUUCGAACCGAUGGACGAGAUACUGGGGGGAAGACCAUUGGCAAACAUCGCUGGCAACGGAGUGGAUGUGGGUUUUGACGAGGAGUCGUGUGAUGGGGAGAGGCACAUGUAAACACCAGAUCAGAAUAGAUUGCUUCCAUGUAAACAGUUCGCCUGGGAGCUUCAAUCGGAAUGAUUAUAAUCCGAAUGAGAAAAAAGUCUGCAUGUAAACGUGGCUAUUGUCUCAUGUUUAUCUUAGAGAAACAUUUAUUAUCAUUCUUUGUCCUUGAAAGUCUGAUUCUUUGACUCUGUAUGUUACCUUCCUUGUCUUUACAAACCUGAUGACAGUGUAUACUCCAUGAUCUUUAGUGGUUUUAAUGCCACGAUGAAGCACCUCUGACUUAGAUUUUGAAAAAAGCUCUGUAAAUAAAGGUUAGCAUUAUGAUCAGUGUGUAUAACACAUUAAUCAGUUUAUCAUAUCUUAUGUUGCUCUCCUUUUAAAGCUGAAUAUCGAUAAAUGUGUUAUUUUAAAUUUUGUGUGAUUUAUAGAUGUUUAUAUUUAUAUUUAAUUAUUUACUCUCUAUUCAACAAUCCUCAAAUAAUGUUUUGAUGCUUUGUCUUAUGUGCUGUAAAACAUAUACAUACAAAUAAUGUAUUUUUUUUCUGGGGUUAUAUUUGCUUUAUUUAUGAAAAAUUAUAUCUCAAUCAAACCAAAGUUUUGAUGAAAUGUGAAAUUUUGUGUCUUGCCCUAUGAGUCUAAAGUCUGUGGAGUCCAGUCGUCUUCUGAUGUAACAGGUUGCAUUUUUAAAUGCUGUGAUAUUUGUGUAGCUGACACUGAUAAAGUCCAGUAUAAAAGAUAUAAAGUUAAUUUCUGUGAUAAUCAGACGAUGAGAUAUCAUGUGUCUGCAGCCUGCUGUGGAUCCAGCAGAGUCACUUCAGUUUAUCAGCAGUUUCAAGGUCGAGUCAAUCGAUUACAGAGAAGUGUUGCAUGUUUUAGCACAGUGAUUAUCGCUCACACUGACCUUUUUAUCUACUGUCUGUCUCUCUAGCCUGCCUCCAUCCACACUUCCGUACAAACCAGGUUACCUGCUCCCACAGGACCAGCUGCCUCACCUGUCAGCGGGCCAGACUUCAUAUCAGCUUUUAUAACCCAGAAUCAAUGAAGAGUCACUGCAGGUCAGUGUGGAGCAGGGCGGUCUGGAUCUGUGGGUCUGAAAUCUUCACUCAGACUGUCAUACUCUGAAUGUGUUUUUGUUCAUCUGGCUUCAGCAGACUAAGGGAGAACAUGCAGAGCCCUUUUUUAUUCCUCAAGAGGUAAACUCAUAUACUUUGUCCCAGCAUGUACAAAUACAAAUGCGCUUACCUAAAAGACAGGUGGAGGUAAAUUCAGAGGUUGCUGCUGCUCAUGUUGGACAAGUGAGUUAACUAAUGCACCAAACCUUUAAAUAGUCAACGAAGCUGCAGAAGCAGGACUGCACACAAGACACCAAAAUACAAAAUCUACCUUCACCUUAAGGUCCCCACACACCGGGGCCGACGCAAAUAUAGAAUGCGAAAUCAAGAAAUAUUCGGAGGAGAAUUUUGACGCGCCUGACUAUACACAUCAAGCAGGAUGUGUUUUUGCGACUUUCCGGGAGGAAAAAGUCGCAUCCCGGGGAAGACUUACUGUGUACUUAGCACAGAUGAAAGUUAAAACAAACGUUUAACAAACUGUUAAAGCACACAAACUAUCGUCAAAUGAGAGAUCAAACACUAUGACUCUCCACAAGUUGUCCUUCAGGUCGUUAUCGUUGUAAUAUUUGAGUCCUUUAUCAAAAAGCACUCUGUUCUCUGACACGUAAACAAUCAGCCGGUCGGCCACGUUGGAUACACCAGUAAAUCAGACGUUGCAACAACACGCAAUCUGAUUGGUCAGAAGUGGACACACAGUAUGCAAAAAAUCGACCAUGAUCCAAAAAACAUAAAUGCUGCAAUAUCGCAAUAUCAAGCUCUUUAAUGGCUUAAUAACGAGCUUAUCAUUUGAAUCAUGUGUGUUGGAGCAGGGAAACAUCCAAAACAUGCAGGACAGUGGGCCUCCAGGACUGGACUUGAGAACCACUGGUUUAACAUAUUACCCCAAAUUUCCAAUUUGAUUCACCUCUUUCAUCAAACAGCAUUUCUCAGUCUGUUACACUCAUUUGCCAUUUUCUGAUCCAUCCAAAGGAAAUUUGCUGGUUAAAUGUCUGAUCCUGCCACUGGAUCGAGGAGUUACAGUUUAAGAAGUGAACAUGCUAAGUUUCAACUCUUAAAGGCAUGGUUGACGACUGGACAGAUUGGUAAUUAUUAUGAACCUUGUUUAUACAGUGAUUAUGGUCCUAUAGUGCGAUCUCCACAAAGUGAAGAGAAAAAAGAAAGGAAAAAAUUUGUCUACCCUAGCAGGUGCAGGGCUGCAAAAAUAUUGACCAAUUGGAGCCAUCCGUGCCGGACAGCUCCUAUUGGUCAAUCUCCUGCUCUGCCUCUCCAUCCAAUCACCUCGCUGUAUUCGACACACUCCUCUCCCAUUGUUCCGACUCAUCCCCACUCACCCUCCCAGCCCUUCUUGGAGUUCUGGCUAAAAGUAGCGUACAGGAGCUGUGAUGGAGAAGGACAGAAAACAACACUUCUGCCCCACCACCAAAAGUGCUAAGAAAGCGCAAGCCAACAGAAGAAAGGGUAGAUUCGAAGAGUAAAUGGGACCAAGCAAGGAAUCUAAUAGAUUGAAUAAACAUCGGGUCAUCCUUCGAGCGGUGGAGAAAGCUCCGCCAGGAUCUGGCCCGAAAACAGAGGCCUUACAGCAGAGUUUUUGUUGAACAGGUAAUUUUUGCCUUUUAUCGUGGCACGUUACAUAAAUAACUCUUAUUAGUCUCUGCAAUGUCAACACAGUAGAUAUCCAGGCAGCUGCAGACGGUGCUCGCUAGCAAAAUUGGCGUUUACUGCCGCUAGUCACUAGCAAUCCGAUAUGAUGAAUCCUCUUUGUUGCUAGCGUAGUAUCCUCUACCAGCCAGCUUCUUGCUCUGCUAGAGGGGGUGUCGCGUGGGCAGGGCGAUACAGGUUCAGGGGGGAGUGAUUGUGGAGCACAUUUUUAAAUCUACCUCAAUGGCUCAGUUUUUGUCAACUGCUUCGCAGAUCGUUCACCAUGCCUUUAAAGUUUCUAAAGUUGCAAUAGCAACAGGCCAAACUCACCAGUCAUCUGCCAACACAGCACUUAAACAUCUGACUGUUGACUAGUUAACUGGAUGUAAAAUUUGACAGCAACAGAAACUUCAGUGCCUCUGAAGUAGUCAUCAACAUUUUUCUUGUACACAAGUUUCUGCAGACGUCUCCCUCACACCAGGCUAUAAAGAGCACAGUGCAGAAGAGAAAACAGGCUUCUGUCUGUGCGGAUGUGUUCAUUUAAUGACUCCACAUCACCACCUCUGAUUUCAUCAUCCAGAGCAAACGUGUCAGACUGCAUGCCUCCAGUUUGCCUGCUGCACCUUCAGGAUUGUGCAGACUGAGGUCUUUGCUGCCUGGAAUGGAAGUUGUGCUGUUUCGAGGCCCAUUUGUUGUAGAACACAUUAUACAUCAUCUGCGAGAGCUUGGGACAAACGUUGUGACCUGAUCACCACAUGAGAAGUGUUUAACCUGACAGAGUAGCAUCUACACCCACUCUCAGGGUGCAGUUUAACAGCAAAAUAAAUACUAAUUGAAUCAGGAACUGUUGGUCCUCUGAUGUUAUUCUCACAGGAUUUUUAUCUCAAGAUGCCAGAAAACAUGUCAAGUGUUGCAGGUGUUCAAAGUUGAUGUCUAACAGGUUUGAACAUGAAUGAAUGAACACAGGUACACAUCCAAAAUGAGCUCAAAGACUUUAUACUGCUGUUACAGCAGCACAGCAGUUUGUUUUACAACUACAACAGCAGAUCUGCAUCGUAAAGUAUUUCAAACAAAUCAGACACAAUAAACAGCUUUAUCUUAUAUAAACAGACAAUUUGAGAUUGAGAUUUUUAAUCUUUAAGCAGUGGUUUAGUGGCAUGAGUCUUGGAGUCUAAAGAACCUUACACACCAGGUCCGACACGAAUAUAAAAUGCGAAAUUACGAAUAUUCCAGGGAUAAUUUUGACGCCCCUGACUAUACAUAUGAAGCUCGAUGCGAUUUUGUGACUUUCCGGGGGCAAAAAGAUGCGUCGCUUAGUGUGAACAUCCCAUUAGUGGGGAUGCUCCGAUGAUUUUACAUCCUCACAUACUACUUAGCCCAUCUGUAGAAACACUGUACAAGUAAAAUGAAGUCACAGCCUAUACCACAGGUUUAAGAUUAAGUCUGUUGAUGUCUAACUUUUUAUGCAUUUCAGGAGAUAUUCACAGUGUGAUUCUGUUAUUACCUCCGCCAAGGAGGUUAUGUUUUUGGUAGCGUUGGUUUCUUUGUUUGUUAGUUUGUUUGUCUGUUAGCAACUUUACAGAGAAAGUUACAGACAGAUUGACCUGAAAUUCACCAGAGGUGCGUCUCAGCCCCAGGAGGAUCCCAUUAAAUUUUGGUGGUGAUCCGGAUCGCCUACUGGAUCCUGGAAUUUUUUGAAGGAUUGUUUAUCAUUGUGAGAUAGGGCACAUUUUUGAAUUUUUGCAUUUAACUCUAUAAAAAUGGCCAGAGUCUUUAGUAAAAAAAUUACACAAAAGGAUCUCAAUGAGUUUUUUGAGGUGUCAAAGGUUGAUCCUGAUCCAGACAAAAUUCUGGAUACUGUGAUCCAGAACACACAAAAAUAAGGGUGUUGUUGGAAUUUUCAAUGCUGAAAGAUAACCAAUGGGCGGCACAGUGGUGUAGAUGGGCGGCACAGUGGUGUAGUGGUUAGCACUGUCCCCUUACAGCAAGAAGGUCCUGGGUUCGAAUCCGGGCCAGGGCAUUUUUUGUUUUAGGAACAUUAUGAACAGUGAACAUACCAGUUUAAACACGAAUAGAAGUUAAUAAAAGACACGUAACAGUAAAAGUUUUGGUGUGAAUCACAAUAUAAGGGGGGACAUGAGCUGCUUGGCAGAGGUCUGCGCUCUCUGAGUGCUUUUCUAGUUGUCAAUGGGAUUCUCAAUGUCAGAGUUUCAUGCAUGGUGUGUGUAAGAGCGCGCACAAGUGUGUGUGUUUGUGUGUGUGUGUGUUUGUGUUUGUGUGUGUUUGUGUGUGUGUAAUACAGACAGAUUUUAUCCAGAAGUGACCCGAGGUGUUGCAGCAGCUGCAGGUUACUGUAGUAUGAACUGAUAUCAAGUGGUCAGAGGUCACUCAGGAUGGUUAUCACCCAUCGUACAUCUCAAAUUAUCAGAACCACGAAAAAACUAGGUCUGUUUGUUGAAUUACGACAGGAUUUUACUCAUUUUGAUGGAAACGGUUGGCUUGUUUAGUUAAUCAAAGUAACACCAUUAAAGAGACAGAAGGAAAAGGGAAGACAUAACAGCUGAAACUGAAAAACAACAGCUCAAGUCUGGAUGAACAGCAGUUAUUUUUUUGGCACAUUUGAUGCUGAUAACCAUAAAUUUGGUUCUAGUUAACACAAGUUUUACAGGACAUUUUAUCGAUGGGUAAAAGUUGAUAGAUGGUGAAGCAUUAAAGUAAAGCAGAAGUAUCUCAUGCAAAAAGGUGUUCUUAUGUUGUGGUAUAUAGUAACUUUUUAGUUGCCAUUUUGAACAUUUUAUCCAGGUUUCAUUGUCUUUAUGGCUAAAUAGAUAUCAUAUGAUUAACUACUGCAUGUAUAAGAGUAUAUACAUUGCUGUCAUGUUAACUGCUUGGAGCUCAGAGAAGCCUGAGUUGCUGUUUGUAGACUGAAUAUCAAACAUAGAGUCAAACGUUCAGUUCCCUCAUAAUGUCUGGAUACAGUCUCCAGCUCUUACAUAGGAUGAAAAGUUAAGAAAAAGAGGGUUUAGGGAUAAUCAAGCCUUUAUAGAGUUUGCAAAGUCUUUUUUUCAAGGUAGUUUGGUGACACAGGUUCAAAGGUAGACUGUUCCAUUAUUAUCAGAUAAGAAACUAAAACAGAAGACCUCCUAGUGUCCCCGUCAUCGUUCACCUUGACCCUGACACAGUCACUGAGCUUCAUUCAUGAUAAAAGCUAUUAUCACUUCUUAUCAUGGUUUAUAACACAGCAGCUCAGUUCCUAAUCCAGUCACUACAGCAACAGCUGGUUUACAAUUUGCAGCUGACUUUGGUUAAAUAACUUUGAUUGAUCUGCACAUUUGGCUAUUAAACUGAUAAUUCAAUGCACAGAUAUGAUUAUAAUUAUUAUAUGCAUAUAUUCAUCCUAUUUGACAGUGUACAUCCCAUUUAAUUUAGCCUCAAGGUCCUUUCACACCAGGACCGUUUUUGUGGUGCGAUUAUUUCUGACGUCAACAUUUUUCUUCGAACCAGUUUUCAUGUCAAUACAAGCGUUCAAAUCAGCAAUGUUUUCCUGUCCUUUUUUCGGAUCAUGGUUUCGCAUGUGUGUCCACUUCUGACCAAUCAGAUUGCGUGUUGUUGCGACAUCUGAUUUACCGGUAUAUCCAACAUGGCCGAUGGGCUGAUUGUUUACGUGUCGGAGAACAGAGUGCUUUUUGAUGAAAGACACAAAUGUUACAAAGAUAAUGACCUGAAGGACAACUUGUGGAGAGUCAUAGCAUUGGAUCUCUCAUUCUGCCUCUCAGCUGGUUGAAGCUUCUUUUUGAUAAGUUGUUAGGGUUUCAUGUUUUCUACGAUUGGCACUUGAUAUGGGCAUACGAAGAUUGCAUGGAUCAUCCGGUGGAUACGCUGUUUGAGCAAAGCAUCAUCACAAUGACUCUCCUGCCAAACGCUACUGCGCAAACUGAGGAUUUAGGAAAUGGAGAAAAUCCUGUAUAUACCAAAAGCAAUUUGACUUCAAAUUUGUACAACGAUGACAGGUGCAGCUCGGUCUUUUGAAGAGGAACUGCCUGGAGAACCAGCACAUAAGCUAGGCCACAACUUGGGCUGCAGUUAGAUGAUUGUGUUAUUUGAGUUAUUUGUAGUCCUCUAUAAAUGUCUUGGUGCACUGUUUUGAAAGAUGAGAUAACUUACAGGAUAAGGAGAAGCAGAGGGUGUAACCAGCUGUUUUCUGUCAUCAACAUGUUCUCCCAAAUAGAUGAUAUGAAUUGAGGUAUAUUUAUUUUGAUUUGCGCUCUUGCUGUCAUUUAUCAUGAGCAGACAUUUCCAAAGAGUACCCCUUAAACAGUCAGUACGGAUCAACCAAACAAAGAUAAACCAUAAGUGUAUGUGUAUUUAGCUUUAACUUAUGGUUCAUUGUGGACUUUACACCUUUACUCUAGACACAACUUAUGCACACAGUUUUGUUCAUAAUAAUAGCAGUGUGUUUAAAAAUGUGAGUAAACCUAAAAAUUCUUCAAAUGAAUCGUAUUUUAAUGAACACAAAUGCAUUGGGGACACUGCACAUUCUAUUUCAAAGCAAGAAAAUUGGAAAAAGUAAUUAAAUUUGAUAUUUCACAAAAAGUCAAGAAACAGUGUUGACAUCUUUCUUUACAAACUCAAAAAUGUGCUGUAUAAACUAAGAAAUGCUUGAAGAAUAAACUUUCCUGAGAAUCCUAAACUAAUAUUUAGUUGCAUAACCACAGUUUCUGAUAACUGCUUCACAUCUGUGGUACACGGAAUCAACCAACAUCUGGCAACAGUCAACAGAUAUUGCAGCCCAGGACAGUUACACUAUGUUCCACAAUUCCUCUGCAUUCCUUGGUUUUGCCUCAUGACCAGCAUUUUUUAUGUCAGUCCACAAGUUUUCUAUGGGAUUAAGGUCCGGGAUCCAUUACUUGAAUUUUGUUUGUCUGGAACCAUGAUUUUGCUCGCUUGCUGGCGAGCUGGUGUGUUUGGGGCUCAUUGUCUUGUUGAAAAAACCAUUUCAAGGGCAUUUCCUCUUCAGCAUACGGCAACAUGACUUCCUCCAGUAUUCUGAUGUACUCAAACUGAUCCACGAUGCGAAAAAUAUGCGAUAAAUAGGACCAACACCAUAGUACAAGAAACAUUCCCAUAUCGUGAUGCUUGCACCGCCAUGCUUCACCGUCUUCACUGUGUACUGUGGCUUGAAUUCAGUGUUUUUAGGACGUCUGUCAAACUAUCUGUGGCCUUUAGACCCAAAAAGAAAAAAUCUUACUCUCAUCAGUCCACAAAGUAUUACAUCAUUUCUUUAUUUAUCUAUCUUUUUAUCUUUUUUUUCACGUAAUCAAUGACCUUACUAAUUGAACUCGGCACUGCCAUUUGUUUGAACACGCCCCUUUCAGUAAAUGAUUCAGUUUCACAGAAUCAGCAGCAUGGAUGUCAUGCCUGUUGGGUUGGUUUGUUUUCUAUACCUAUACUAAACCUUCUAGAAACUUACUUGCAGUGUAGAAGUUGAAAUUCUAACAAAAACAGUGAUUUAUCUUGCUAGUGAUGUGGGACUGCUAUUGGUGCAAUAGGUCCCUGGACCAUGAAGUCCUUAGAAGCUAUGGAAACUAGCCUGUACACAUAGCACCAAGAACAGCACAUCUCAAGGAACUUUCCAUGAAGCCGUACACAUCAGUAGGCUAUCUACAGGGGCUCUAAUACCAUCAAGUAUGUCCCUUGAACAGUCGGCCUCCAGAACCUGAACUCCCCCUCAGUGACCUUCAACUGUAACUUCCUGUUCUCCAUAUGGUUUGGAGCGACAGAUCAGAUGUUAUGAAACUUUUAACACACCUGUGGUUGUAACUUGAGGUAAGAGCUGCAUUGUCGGUUGUGUUUUUUUCCCGUCGUUAUUUACUUUCCACCUUUAUCAACUCACUGAUCAAAGUUUUUACAGCCCUUCACAUCAGUCAUCAUGUGCUUGUCAGUUUAUUUAUUUUAUUUUAUUUCUUUUUCUUGAACAGCUGACUCAUUUUUCACUUGAAUCACAGAGGAGGGAUUUUGCAGAUAACCCUUUCAUUUCUCAAUGUGCCUUUUCUUUGCAGACUUUAUCAGACAGGGCACAAACAGUGCUGAACGACAUGUUCCCAGGUUGGACUGUUAAGAAAAAACACAAGAACACAAACUUCCCAGGUCAUGCCAAGGUUCAUAACUUAAUGUCCUAGUGUUGGGGGCAGACAAAAUCUGGAUGGAACUGGGGGUCAGUAUUUUUUUAAAGGGGACCUGCCAUAAAAAUGUAAUUUUGUGUGUUUUUUGUGUCAGAUAAGGUCCAUAUUAUGUUCAUCUAAUGUUGUAAAUGUGAAAACAAACCGUUACGUCGUUUGCAUUCUGUAAAGGUUUAAAAUAAAGGAACGGGUAAACCAGGCCAAUUGAAAAAGCAGGUCCCUCUGACGUCGCGCUGACCUUGCUCAUUAUUAUUCACGAGCGCGUCCUCGGUGAGCCGCGCCCACUCUCUCGUUCUCGUACUCAUUCACAGUCAACAUCACUCUCCAGCCAGAGCGGGACCCAGCUACCACUGUAUCCGCUAUGGGUCUCUUCCAAACGACCGGUGUUGCCGGGUAAAUGAACUUAAAGCUAUCUCAAGUCUGUCCGUUGUGUCCGUGGGCAAGACACUUAACCCACCUUGCUCCCAGUGUGUGUCCUCCACUGGUGUAUGAUUGUGAGUGUUGUGUGGUGGUGGUCAGAGAGGCCGUAGGCGCAAAAUGGCAGCCACGUUUCCGUCAGUCUGCCCCAGGGCAGCUGUGACUACUAAGGUAGUUUACCACCACCAAAGUGUGACUGUGUGAGCGAAUGAAUGAUGUAUCCAAUGUAAAGCGCUUUGAGGGUCUCUGAUAAAGCGCUAUAUGAAAUCUGAUGCAUUAUUAUUAUUAAAGCUGGGCAGAAUGAAUGAGAAAACACCGCUGGAGAUCUCUGGCUUCUUCUUCAACUUCCACCUCCUCUUCGGACUCGGGGUCUAAAAUAUAUGGUUUAAUACCUGCCAUUUUUAGCCUUUAGCAUAAGGUGACCAGACUUCCCCGAUUUCCGGGGACAGUCCCCGAAUUAGAUGACCUGUCCCCGGCAAAAGCUGUCCCCGAAAAUGUCCCCGAUUUAAGCGUUUCAUGAAUGAGAGCAAAAAUGUUGCGUGUGGGCUCGAACAACGGUUAUUACAGUAGCCGAACAGGUAGGAAGCACAAGUAAGCAGUCCUGAACAACAGUUUUUAAGGGGGUUAUUACAAGGGGCAUGCGCUGCUACUAAAUAGUACAGAGACUUUGUCUGUGAUCACGCAGCCCCUGCACCCGGCGCCGCACCGAACGCUUUUCAAAUCUGCCUCAACAGCUCAGUUUUUUUUAACUGCUUCUCCAAUCGUCAACCAUGCCUUUUGGGUUAACAGGGAGGAUGGUUCUAAAAAGGAAGAAGGAGGAGGAAGGGAGAAGCUGUUCAAACACAAAGAAAUCAUCAACUCUUCUCAGCUUACCUGCUCUGACCAGAUAAAAAAAUAAACAAAAAAAAAAAAAUUGAAAAUCCAAAACCUGUUUACAUGGUUCAGCAAUAAACUGAUCAUUUAUGGGAGUUGACCCACUCUGAUAAUUCACACACUUUCAGGAAUGCUGGCUUUGGACUGGGAGCUGAGAACAAUUUGGGAGGCUCCUCCACUCAUGAAGGAGGAUAGAGCAUCUGUGAUUUCCAGAAAGAAUGACAUAUGUCAUAUUCUGAUUCAUCGACCAACAAGACAGAUUUCUGUUUCCAUCAGUCCACCUUAAAUGGGCUCAGGUCCAUAAAAAUGUCUAGUAUUCCUGGUUAUUCAAUCUGGUUUCCUCUUUACAUAGUUCAGUUUUACCCUCAUUUGUAGAUGCAGUGAAGAACUUUGCUUACAAUGGUUUUUGAAGUGAUUUUGAGCUAGGGUCGUGUUCACACCUAAAGGUCAGUUUCCUGAUUCGAAUCCAAGGCAAGACGAUUGGUUAACUGGUCCGGUUUGCGUUCACAAAGGAUAAACUCAAUCGCUCCGGAAAACGGAACCGUAAGUCACGUGACCGCGAACAUCGUUCGGUUAUUGGUCAUUAGUUCCUGCAGGAAUACAAACCCUGCUCUGCUGUCUUCGCCUGUCAUGGAGCAUCAUAGGCUGAUUUUGCUUUUGUUACUCAUCUGGAGCACGUAUCAAAAGACGCUAGUCAAUCGCGCGUAUGAACAAAUUGUUAGCCAGUGAGCGCGAACUGCGGCAUCAUUUAAUACAUUCCGGAGUAGACGUGCUGCAAACAACAGACGGCAACAGGCAUUAAUGACGUGUGUGGUGCGUUUCCUGCGAUUGGUGUGGAAGACAUUCAGACCAGAAAUGAACCGCUUGAUAGCGGUCCAAGACCACCAAUUCAGGCGGACCAGAGUUUGUUUAUUUGGUCCGCACCAGAGUUUGAGGUCAGCGUUCACACCGACCCAAACGAACUGCAACAAGGAGGUAAACGCUCCAGGGUUCGGUUCAACUGGACUAAAUGAGGGUGGUGUGAACGCGCCCUUGGACAAUGAUUCCCACACCAAGAGUCCUGUCUGUUUGUAUUGCAGUGCUUGCCUGAUGGUCUGGAGGACCAUCCAGUUUUGAUUUUGGUCUUUGUCCCUUUAGUAAAGAGAUUUCUCAAGAUUCUCUGAAUCUUUCAAUGAUAUGAUGUUCUGCAGAUGAUGAUAUCCACUCAUUCUCUUACGUUUGACUCUGAGGAACAUUGUUCUGAAACUGUUGAACUAUAAGCUCACACAGUCUCUCACAGAGUGGUGAACCUCUUCCCAUCUUUCCUUCUGAGAGUCUCAGCCUCUCUGAAUGCUCUUUUUAUACCCAGUCAUGUGACUAACCUGUUGGAAAUUAACCUCAUUAGUUGGAGAUGUUCCUCCAGCUGUUUUAUUCUAAGCAUUACAAAAACUUUCACAAUGUUUUGUUGUUUCUCUGUUACAACUUUUUACCUGUUGAGUUAUUCGUUUUACUACUUCUUAAAAAUACGCUUCUGAAAUCAAAUCAAAUAUUCACUUGUAUUUUUUUUUCACAAAAAAAAAUGUGUUUGUUUAUGUUUAUGUUAGUGUGUAAUUUUGUUCAAAGUUUCUGUAGGGAACUUUUAACUAGAUUUUAAAAAGUAUCUUGCUUCUCCUGAUAUAUCUCUGUCACCUAAAAUACCAAAUAAGCCCAUCAGAGCGAAGAUAAGAUAUUUCUAAAAGUGUAACUCCUACUUUCAAAAUUUGUUAGUUGGGUCUGCUCACUGAUGAAAUGAUUUACAGCACGCAGGCCGGAAGUUAUGGCACUCACACAGGGACAUGAGAGGAGCAGUGAGGUGUUGCUAAGCUAGCCAGUGAAAACAGAGCAAAAACAAAUAGCUACACAUGGUUGAUGGGGACGGGGUCCACUAAAAGAAAAUGAAUUAGAACAGAAAAACAAACCAAAAAAAAAAGCAAAAAGGGAAUAUGAUCGAGCAAUGGCAAAAACAAGGAUAAACAUUGGUAAUUCCUUUGCGAGGUGAAGAGUGUUGUGGGGCUUAAAGGGAUUCAAGUUGGAUCCAAUUCCUCCUAGAUAGGUAACAUAAGCUGCACUUUUUUUACACUGCUGGCUGAUUUAUUUGAAGAUAUAACAUUACCAAGGAAAGCUGACAACUUUAGCUUUAUAUUCUAAUCUACAGCUGAGUUAUGUAAUCUGUUUGUUGUAGGUUAACUGUUACGAACAGGACAUAACUGUAGGCUAAAAAUACAAGUCAGAUUGAUUGUACAGGUAUGGUGUUGUUACUGCUGGGCAAAAGUGCCUGACGCGCCUCCUAGAGUGUCUUUUGGGCCAGCCGCAGGGUCAUCAGCCGGGGACCACCGCUCAUUGGAGUUUCGCUCUCUUUAACCCCAGAACGCCUCCUGGUGGUGGAGCGGUGGCAGGGACGUCUCCCUGCCACCCCCUGCAGCUGACCCAUCUCAUUGGCUUGACCCCCAAUUCUUAUCUCUCCUCCUCAGCCACAGCCAGAACCUUCCCUUUUUCACUUUCUGACCGAGGGCCUUGGUUUCUCUUUGAAGCUUAGCCCCAGUUGUUCCCACAUCGCAAAGCAGCCGAGUUGUCGAUGUGCUGACAAAGCCCCGGCAGCCUACUUCCACAGGGUAGAUGGUGGUGGACCAGCCUGCCUCCCUGCACUCGGCCGCCAGGUUGGAGUACUUGGCUGCUUUUUGCUCAUAGGCAGCUUGGAUCCCCUCCUCCCAUGGAAUGGCAAGCUCUAUGAGCAUGGCAGACUUGGCAGCAGCAGAUGUCUGGUCGGAGUAAUGUGGUGGUAAUCUCACAGGGAAACUGCAGCUGUUUGCCGAUGUCGGCCCUCAUACUCCAGUCCCUGGCUUCAGAUAGGACACCCCAGAGACCUCGUCAAUUGAUGUCUCCUUUGUCCUCCCCUUCAUAAUACAACAUUACUUCCUGUCACCGGCGGCAAAUUAUAUUUCAUAAAAAUGCAAAUAUAUACAUAACCUCGUCACGACACACCCUGCAGAUAGCCAAAAAAACCCAAAACAAACAACAACAACAACAAAAAAAACUCCAAGUGCCGGUAAGUCCUGUCUUGUUUUGUUUGCCUCCAAAACAACUAAACGCCAAACCAAAGACCUUGUAAGUAUUUUCACAACAGUACGUGCAAGAGCUCAUGGGAAAUGUGCAUCAUUCCGGCAAAACACUACAGCUUUUGUCCAUAGUGGCCAUCACAGAGUGACGCAACGGAUAAUGAAAAGCUGCUCUAAAGGGCCUUUCACGCUGGGACCCUUUUUUUCGUGCGAUUACUUCGGACACCAAUAUUUUUUUUUUAACCCGAAUCCUGUUAAUACAACGUUCACAUCAGCGACGUUUUCCCGUCCUGCGAUAUUGCGGCAUUUAUUUUUUCGGAUCAUGCUUUUAUUUAUUCAUUUAUUUUUUUGCAUCACGGACGAUUUUUCUAAAGUUUCGCAUACUGUGUGUCCACUUCUGACCAAUCAGAAUUCGUGUUGUUGCAACGUCUGAUUCACUGGUAUAUCCAACAUGGCCAACUGGCUGAUUGUUUACGUGUCAGAGAACAGAGUGCUUUUUGAUAAAAGACACAAAUAUCACAAAAAUAGGACCUGAAGGACAACUUGUAGAGAGUCAUUGUCGGAUUUCUCAUAUGACGAUGGUUUGUGUGCUUUAACCGUUUGCUAAACGUCUUUGUUUUAAGUUCCAUCUGUGCUAAGUAACUUUAGCUCGCAAGCUAACCUGUUCAGAUACAACAUACCAUAUGUAUUUUCACUGUCUCAAACUCAAUCGCGUUGUUGUCACAGCACCAUUAGGUCUCAGUUGUUACCUUACGUUUAUGGAUUAUAGUUUAAUGUGCUUAUCUGGUACUGGCCCCGACUCAGUACAUGCUAUCAUGACAGACAGCCAUCUCAACACUAGUGUCUAAUCAGAACUGAAAAACAGUCAGUCUGCUGAUGUGUCAGUCUUAUCGUUUCCACCCGGGACGCGUAUUUUUCCCCCCCCCGGAAAGUCACAAAAUCUCAUCAGGCUUGAUGUGUAUAGACAAGAGCUUCAAAAUUUGCCUCUGAAUAUUUCGUAAUUUCGCGUCAUACAUUUGCAUGGUUCCUGGUGUGUAAGGACCUUAAGUCUGUAAAAACGCUGCACAUGAUGUCUUCGUGUAUUUCUCUGUGGUCUGAUGAAUAUUUAGAUGAUAUAUUUCUUCCCAACUUAGUUUCUCAAUCAGUUGCCUCAUUUCUCAUUAAUGUUGCCUGUCUUGAUCUACAAGAUUUACUUUCUCUGACACAGGUCUCAACAAGUUAUACAAAGUGGUAUGAUCAUGUUUGAGCCAUGUUUACGUGUACAAACACACACACACACACACACACACACACACACACACACACACACACACUUAGACACACAAACACUUCAAGGAGUAGUAUCAUGCUUUUCCACAUUUACAACAACAAAAAGGCAAAGUUACAAAGUUUGAUGUCCAUACUAGAUGUAUGCAAAGUUUCAAAUCACAAGGUAAACAAAUGUCAUUUUCUCAGAAAAUCGAUGUAAACUGCUCAAAAUGAAGCCUGCCAAUGCCUGCGUCAGUGUUAUUGGCUCUCCUUACUAGUUCGUCUGUGCUUCUGGCACAGCUGAAUGGCCUGUGAGGUGACACCCACAGCGGAGCAGGGUAACACUGUUCUGCGGCUUAACUGAUUGACCACAAUUGAGAGAGUGGGCCAAAACAUCAAGCUCUGCACUCAGCUGGAUUCUGGAAAGCCUCUGGAGAGGUGGCCAAUCAAUAAGAAAGUGGAGGCUGAAAGAGACAGCAGCUUAAAAGAAUGGAGGCUGAAAUAAUGAUAUCUCCAUACACCACUGUGAGAAAUUUGAGGCUUUUUUUCAAUCUGAAAAAGAUAUUAAAGAGGAUUGAAACAGGGUGGAUGAGGAAAUGCAUAAUAGCCCCUCUUUAAACACACUCACAUGUAAACCUUUACAAACACUACAGGAGUCCAGCUGUGACCUUGAGUCUGUUUACCUAUCCGGAUGCACUAUCACCACUCAGUUCUUCAGGUAACACUGUCCAUGGACUACAGUCAAGGCCAUCACACACACACACACACACACACACACACACACACACACACACACACACACACACACACACACACACACACACACACACAGAUUGCUGCCCCUGAGAUUCCCUCUGGUGAUAACAAAUCAGAAACAUGUUCAGUACAUUUGUCCUGAAUUCAGGGGAGGGGAGGCAUGAAGGAUGGGUUUAUGUAAAAUCUGGAGGAGAGAUUCAUUCACAACUUUCUUAAAAAUAUUCAAGAUGAUUUGCUGCAAACGCAGUAGGAAUGGACAUGAGUGUUUUCCAAGGGUCUUCUUUUUUAUCUCAUUUUGGUCUUGUGCCUGUGUGCAAACAGAGUUUCAGGGAACUGAAUAGAGGGCUUUGGAAGGGGGUUUCCAAGUUAGAGAUUAUUUAAGACCCUGUUUUUACUUUUUUUUAUUUGUUGGCAUUUUGGAAGGUUUUUUUUUGUUUUGUUUUGUUUUGUUUUUUUCUUUUCAGUCUAGUCAGUGGUUCUCAAGUCCAGUCCUCGAGGCCCACUUUCCUGCAUGUUUUGGAUGUUUCCCUGCUCCAACACAGCUGAUUCAAAUGAUCAGCUCGUUAUCAAGAUCUGUAAUGGCUUAAUAACGAGCUGAUUAUUUGAAUCAGGUGUGUUGGAGCAGGGAAACAUCCAAACAUGCAGGACAGAGGGCCUCGAGGACUGGACUUGAGAACCACUGAGUUAAGAUACACUUAGUGUAAAGAAAGAUUGUACAUACAGUUGAGCACGCAGAAGCAAAAAUAAAACACAGAGAAAAACAAUAUGAUAUUAGCAGUAAAUAUAAUCCAUAUUUAUUUAAUUCAUUUAUUUAUUUAUUUAUGAUUUGCUGAAAUUCAUAAAAACCUGACCAGCAGAUCUUUAUAGAAUGAAGUCAAACUUUAGCAAACUUUUACCAAAAAUAUAAUCUAUUUAUUUUUUUAUUUUUUUCAAAAAAAUAAUAGUUUUAAAAAUCAAUACAAAUGUAAGUAAGUUCAUAAAGAUUGUAUGGCUUCUUUCAAGAACAGUCAUCACAUAGUGCUUAACAAUAACACAUUAAAAGGGGGAACAGUCAAGACGUAAUAAUCACAGUCAUGUUCUGGUCAAACAGAGGCGAGUCUAAACAGAUGGAUCUAAAAAUUGAUUUUUUUUUUUAAAUGCUGACUGCAUUUACAGUUCUCAGUUUCAGUGGAGCACAGCUCCAAAGUUUUGGAGUUAAAAACUGAAACCCUCCUUUUGUUUUGAGUCUUAGUCUGAGGAUCAACCACAAACCCUUGAUCUGAGGAGCUCAGAGUCAGCUGGAGGUUGACCAAAACACGAUCAUAUAUUCAAACUGGAUUUCAACUUUAAUGGGAAGCCAGAGCAAAGAGCUGAAUCCGCGUGUUGGAUGAGACUAUCAGGAGGAUUUUGGAUCACUUACAGGCAGUUCAAAGAAGAGCUGCAGAGACAGGUAAAUAAAGAGGAACACUUAUCUAACCAAGAUGAAAUGAAAGCAUAAACAUUCAGCUCAGCUUUGGGCGCCAUGGGCAUUAGUUUCAUAAUGUUUGUGAAACGCUGACAUCAGUACCUCAAAUUGCUCAUUGCAAGUGAUUUUUGUGUAUAUUGCACAUUUGCCAAGGAGGCAGACCACCGAUUUGGUGGUAUGAGGUACUGAUGUCCACCCUGUUUAGUUCUGCUCAGAGCUGUUAGGUUUAACUACAUGUUUCCAAGAAAACCUUUACUUCAUCAUUUCACUGCCAGGAGAACUAAUAAAUCAUGCUUAAUAGUUCUGAAUUCACCACUCAGUACUCAGUUUCAAAACACCUGCAGCUCACUUAAAAUGAGGCUCGAAAUGCAUCCACACGUUCUUCACCUAUUGUGUUUGGUUUGAUCACACAUUACUGCCUCCUACUGGACCAUAUUAGGGCAUUGAACCCAACAACCUGAUAUUAGAUGUGAUUUUUUUGCUUUGAUUGGGUUAUAUAAUACAGAUCAAGCUUAAGUGAGAUAAUGGUUUUUAUUCUUUUAUCAUCUUCUUUUUAUAUGUUUUUAUUAUGAUACUUAUCAGCUGAUUCAUAUUGGUAAACUGCACCUCCUCCCUGCUCCUCAGUAGUCCAUGCAGAGUCAUCUUUCAGAUAAUCCUGGGGUGGGAUCCUGAUGAUCGCCUGGUUGCUUAUUAAUGGAGGAAAAACUGAACUUUACUUUUUUUUUUUGCUGUUUGUGAGCCCAGUGAUGACAUCAAACCUGUACUGUGAAUCCACCCUAUAGCCCCGCCCCCGCUCUGGAGCAGGUAUAAAAACCUGCCACACACCACCUGUCACCGAUCAGACUCUGCUCACUCUCACUCACACACAGACAUACACGGGUUACACACACUCUAUACACACACUCUGGUCUGCAGGAGUCCGUCUCAGGUCCUGUGUGUGUGUGUGAUCUGUGUGGACAUUCGCUUUGAGCCUCCAGCUGGGUCGGAUCCUUCUCUGCUUAGCACCUUCAUCAUCAUCUUCAUCAUGAUCAUCAGCAUCGCUCUGAUCUGGGCCAUCGUGGUGGGCAUCUGCUGCCUGCUGUGGCUGGCUGUGGGGACCCGUCACAGGUAAGACCUCACCUGUAGGAUGCAGAGCUUGAAUCUGCAGCAUGUUGAGUAGCAGGAAGCAUGGACUGAAAAGUCCUCAUGCAGGUUUUCAGCAGAUUUUACACAGAUGAACUCCUUCCUGUUGUUUUUCUGGGUGAGCCCCACAGCGUGUGUGAAGCAUGAGGCCUCUGAUGUAACGCGGCUGUGAUUGACAGAAGUAUGCGAGCAGCGUGUGUUAGGAAAACAAAGGCCUUUGUGCAGGUGAUGGAACUUGUUGGGUUUGUUGUUGAGUCACAUCACAGGGCUGACAGAUUGGAGCAGCUGCUCUUGAACUCAUGUUGUGAUCUAAACAGAGCGGAAAGGUUCUGAUUUCAGGAACAAUGAUAGAUAUUCAUCAAGAAGAUUCAAAGUCACACUUUUGGCUUUACUUUAACAGAUGGGUCUUUUGUUUGAAAGUACAUCAGGCUGUAUGUUUCAGUAUGACAAGAGUAACUGGUUUGUGAUGCUCACUGAAUGUUGUGGUUUUUUGGGAGAGACGAGCCUUGACUAAAUUGAAAGUUUGCAUGAAUCAUCAUGAACAGAAAAGGUGCAGCAACACGUACACCAAAUUCAUCUUCAAAUACACAUGUAGGAGGAAGAGUAUGUACUGAGCAUGAACCACAUCAUCCGAGGUUUCAGGUCCAGCCUCUGUCUUUGAUUCAUCUCUUCCUCUGUUUUUUUCCACUCCUCUCUGGUUUUCUUUCUGCCAUAACUGUUGAACACAAUCAAACUAAAAGACAAAGAAAGACCUAAAUGGGGCGCUUAUUCAACCCUGGUAUACAUAAGUGGUACUUUUUUAUUUAUUUGUUUUCAGCAGACAGUGUUUUCUGCUCAGUACAAUCAAUUUAUGAAUGAAUUUUACACAACUUCAGUAAGUCUGAGGCAAAUAAAAAAAAUGAAAUCAAGAAGCUUGAGUCAAGAAAAUAAACUUCUGCUGGCUGACUGUUUUCUGUUGGAAAACUGGGACUGAACAUCAGUCAGUCUGACUCAAUGAGCCUAAACUCCAUUACUGUAAUCAAAGAGUAACUGGAUAUCACUGUAGUCCCUGUCUGACCAAACCAACAGCCAAACUGUGGCAUACAAAACUCUCAGAUCUUCAUCAUUCAUUUGUUCCAUCUUCAUACUUCAACUUUUUUUCUCUUUUGUUGACCCCGUCAGGCAGCCAGGUGAGCCCGCCCUGGAGAACGGCCUUAUUCCAUACCUCGGCUGUGCUCUGCAGUUCGGGGCCAACCCUCUCCAGUUCCUCCGCAGCCGCCAGAACAAAUACGGACACAUCUUCACCUGCAAGAUUGCUGGCCAGUACAUCCACUUCCUGUGUGACCCCUUCUCCUACCACUCCGUCAUCAGACAGGGCAGACACCUGGACUGGAGGAAGUUCCACUUUGCCACAUCUGUGAAGGUUUGUCUGUCCAUUCAUUGGUUAUUAUUACCUUGAUGCCUAAGGCUUGGUCCACAGGUUCACUCAGUGCAACAGCGCAUUACUCUGCAGUUUGAGAGUCCACUAUCUUGUUUAUAUUGGCGUGUUAACAUUUAUUAGAUAACUUUGGCAGCAAAGGAUGGAGCUGUUGGACCGGCCCAGGAAAAGUCAGCUGCACUUGAAUGAGCCUUUGAUGCACUCAGUUUUCAACCUCUGGAUUGGGUCACAGUUAAUUCUAUCGGUUCUAUGGUUAUAUGAACACUAUUAACCAUUUCAUUGUCAUGUGGAAAGAGAAACAUUCAAAAGCAUCUCUGGUUUUGACAUUUUUGUUGUUGAUGCAGGAUGGAAACCCCUGGUUUCAAAAGUACCACCUACCUCAGCGUCAGAGUCCUUUCAUUGACCUUACCCUGCUCCUUCUUCCCUCUGCAGGCGUUCGGCCAUGACAGCUUCGACCCUCGACAUGGUCACACCACAGAGAACCUCCACCAGACCUUUCUGAAGACCCUGCAAGGGGAGGCUCUGCCCUCCCUCAUAGAGACCAUGAUGGGUCACCUGCAGGAUGUCAUGCUGAAAUCAGACACGCUCAGUCCCAGCAAAGAGCACUGGGAGGUGGACGGCAUCUUUGCUUUCUGCUACAAGGUCAGUUAUACACCACAGAGAACGUAGAAGAGAACACUUCAUGAAGCACAGUUUUCUUCGUCUAAACUUCAUUAGCCUCCAUGUUUGCAGCAGUCCUCACAGGUGUCUCUACGUCCUGCAGGUGAUGUUCGAGUCUGGAUACCUGACUCUGUUCGGGAAAGAGUUUGGAGACGAUAAGUGUCAGGCUCGGCAGGCAGCUCAGAAAGCCCUGGUCCUCAAUGCCUUAGAGAACUUCAAAGAGUUUGACAAGAUCUUCCCGGCGUUAGUGGCCGGUCUGCCCAUCCAUGUCUUCAAGAGCGCCUACAGUGCCAGAGAGGUCAGUCAGAGAUCAUUAUCACCAAUCACACGGACUAACAUCAACUGUGUUAGUUGAUCCUGUUAUCAAAGUCAUCUUUUCUAACUUACAGAAUCUGGCAAAGACUAUGCACGCUGACAACCUGUCCAAGAGGGAGAACGUGUCUGACCUGAUCUCCAUGAGGAUGAUCCUGAAUGAUUCUCUGUCCACCUUUAAUGAUGUGAGCAAGGCCAGGACCCACGUGGCUCUGCUGUGGGCUUCACAGGCCAACACACUGCCCGCCACCUUCUGGAGCCUCUUCUUCAUGAUCAGGUGAGCUUGCAGCCCUCUUCCUCUCUGGUUUUUAAAGGUAUACACUGAUUGGGUUAGGGUUAGGGAAAUAAAACCUCUUUCACAUUAAACAUGCUGUAGUUGUUUACAGUCUCUCUUGGUGUUUUCAGGUGUUAUUAGCCAUCACAGGUAGUUGUCAGCAUUGAAGGGAGGAUAAUUAUCCGAGAUUAUGGCUUUGUUCACAGAUCGCCUGCAGCCUGGGUGGAUGAUGGAGUCUAGGGAUAUGAAUACAUCGAGAUUCAAACCCAUGAUAUAUCAUACACAUGGCCUGUCUAACUGGCUGCUCUAACUCAGCAAACACACAUGAUGUUUGUUUGUGGACCUGAAGCUAAUGUAGUUAGGUAACAUUGCUAUGGCAGCAUCACAGAAUCAGUGGGUUCAGUUGAUCAGAGAAGCCCAAUCUUCAAAGAGAACAAAUCAAUGAAGUCCUGAACAUUUUGUUAACCUCCUCCCUCACUUUGUCUUCUUUUCAAAUAUCAGCAUGUACCCUGUGUCCUAUGGAGCUGGAGGUGUUAUAUAACAUUACUGCACAUUUAUCAGCUGAUUGUACGUCUGACCCUUCAGGUCAGACCUAUGAGAUAAUUGGGGUAGAAAGUUGCCAGGUUCAAGGAGCUGCCUCGCUGGGAUAUAUAACAAGUCUGACAUGAGGACAUCCCAGCUGGGCUAAGGACAAAUUCUGAGAGUUUCCUUGAGUUAAGGUUCCUCUGAUGUCCUGAUGUUUGUCAGAAACAUUCACGCUAAAUCAAACUAAUUCUUGGCUCUCCUCACCUGUCAGACCUGACAGAUCUACAAUCCAGACUAGACAUUAAUAAUUGUCACCUCUUCCUGAAACACUUCCUUCAGACUGAUGAAAUAAAGUUAGACUAGGCUUGGCUGUUAGAUGUAUUCUAGUAAUGGAACAGUAAUAUCAAUCAACACCCUGUCCAUCAUUUUGGAAACACUUUUUUUCUCUUUGUUUUGGUCUCCAGUGCGCACAUGAACAGGGUUUUUGGCCCCUGAAAAAAGAGGUUUUAGAAAUGUUUCCAUGGUGCCGAUUUUUAAAAAACUUGUUUUGUCUGUGUUUUUAUCAAGAGCUAAAACUGAGGUUUUGAGAAACAUUUACCUCAUUGCAAAUGUGUAUGCCAAAAUGGCUAGCUGCCAGUUUGUUUAUGCCUGCUCUGUAGCUGAAAAUAUGCAGUUAUUAUGAUUAUAUCACAGCCCAGAGCAGUGUUGUUUUCAUUGACGAUGAUGUUGACGAAAAUAUUUCAUCGUCAUCAUCAACGAAAACAACACUGUAGAAUAUAUGUUUAGUGUUUGACUGACAAAAUGCUCAUUAAUUUUGCAACUCUGUUCGUCGUCCACCACUAACGUUUUCGUUUAGUCUCGUCUCGUCAAUGUAAACGCUCAUUCAUCUUGUCGCAUUUUAGUCAUCUAAGACUUAUGCAAAGCUCGUCAAUGUCACGUCUUCGUCAUGGAAAAAAAGGGGCGUUGACGAAAUAUUUUCGUCAACAAAAACAACACUGGCCCAGAGUCAAGUAAAUGCAACCUGCUCAAUUGUUCUUAAUCCUUAAUUAACUGUAAGCAGCAAAAGAGUUCAUCCAGACACAGCUAAGGGCGGUAAACCCAGCUGAGCUGAUUCCAGCUGAUGAUGGGGAUGUUUUUAAGCAAUGGAACAGCAAUGUCAGUCAACAGUAUGGGAAUGCUCUCAGUUUUGAAGCCAUAUUUCAUUGGAGGGACCUGGACAUGGAGCCUUUGAAGUCUUUGAACUUGAUUAAAGUGAAGGACAUUAUUCCUCAGCUGUAGAGUCUCAGGGCUAACAGGAUCCUGUUUCUGCUUUCAGGAGUCCUGAUGCCAUGAAAGCUGCUCGGGAAGAGGUGCAGAAGGUUCUGGAGGAUGCAGGUCUGACAGUCAACCCCAGUAACCCCACACUGAACCUGAGCAGGGAGCAGCUGGAAAACAUGCCCGUCUUGGGUAAGGUCUCUUAUGAUAACAACAUUGUUUAUAAAUAGAUGGGUCAUCAUACAGCGUGAGAAUCAAAUCAGUUUGUCCUUUUUCAGAGCAGUAAAGACACUUUUUCUCCUCCCCAUCCACAGACAGCAUCAUAAAAGAAGCCAUGCGCCUCUCCAGUGCUUCCAUGAAUGUUCGUAUAGCUAAAGAGGACUUCCUGCUUCACCUCGACAACCAGGAAGCUUACCGCAUAAGGAAAGAUGAUGUCAUAGCCCUGUACCCCCCUAUGCUGCACUUUGACCCAGAGAUCUACGAGGAUCCAUACGUAAGACCCUGAAGAUCAUAUGUUUGAUCAGCAAGAAACAAGUGUUGUCUUGCUAAAAAUGUACUCUCCUCUUUCCCCUGCAGGAGUACAAGUAUGACCGCUACCUGGAUGAGAACGGUCAGGAGAAGACCACCUUUUACCGCAACGGCCGGCGUUUACGGUACUUCAACAUGCCGUUCGGUUCAGGGGUGACUAAGUGUCCAGGAAGGUUCUUUGCAGUGUACGAGAUCAAACAGUUCCUGACUCUGGUGCUGAGCUACUUUGACAUGGAGCUGCUGGACCCCGCCAUCAAAGUCCCACCUUUGGACCAGUCCCGGGCCGGACUGGGGAUCCUGCAGCCCACGUAUGAUGUGGAUUUUAGGUACAAGCUGAAAUCCACCUUCUGAACUGUGACCGAGAUUGUACAUAGUGUAUAUUAGAGAGAUGCAUAGCAGCGAAUGUAAAUAGACUGAAUAAUAUUGUGUUGUUUUAAUUUGCUACAGAAGAACAUGGACUUUACACUUCUGUUUGUGUGUGUGUGCGCGUGUGUGUGUGUGUGUGUGUGUGUAAUGUAUAUUUAAAUUUGAGUGUUUUUAGAUGUUCAGCUUAUUUGAUCUGAGACUUAUAUGUUGCAGUGAGUGGAUGCAGGACCAUAAGCGUUCACAUCAGCGACGUUUUUCUGUUCUGCAAUAUUGCAGAAUUUAUUUUUUCAGAUCAUGGUCGAUUUUUCUAAAGUUUCACAUACUGUGUGUCCACUUCUAACCAAUCAGACUGCGUGUUGUUGCGAUGUCUGAUUCACCGGUAUAUAUCCAAUAUGGCUGACAGGCUAAUUGUUUACAUGUCGGAGAACAGAGUGCUUUUUGAUAAAAAACACAAAUAUUACAAAGAUAACAACCUGAAGGAUGGUUUGUGUGCUUUAACAGUUUGCUAAACAUCUUUGUUUUAACUUUCAUCUGUGCUAAGUAACUUUAGCUCGUAAGCUAACCUGUUCAGAUACAACAUACCAUAUGUAUUUUCACUGUCUCAAACUCAAUCACGUUGCUGUCACAGCACCAUUAGGUCUCGGUUGUUACCUUACGUUUAUGGAUUAUAGUUUAAUGUGCUUAUCUGGUACUGGCCCCGAAAUGCUAUUAUGACAGCCAUCUCAACACUAGUGUCUAAUCAGAACUGAAAACAGUCAGUCUGGUGUUGUGUCAGUCUUCUCACUUUCAUCCAGCACGCGUCUUUUCCCCCCCGGAAAGUCGCAAAAUCACAUCGGGCUUAAUGUGUAUAGUCAGGCGAGUCAAAAUUCUUCUCUGAAUAUUUCGUAAUUUGGCUUUUUAUAUUCGCGUCGGCCCCGGUGUGUAAGGACCUGAACAAAUAAAAAAACUGCAGUCUGCUCCUUUAGACUCUGGAGCUUCAUAAAGUUCAUAUUUCUGAAGCUUGAAAUCUGUGUGAAGACAUGCAGUGGGACAUGUUGUUGCUGUGUGGAAGUGAGCUCAUUCACUUUCUCACCUGCUGCUUUUCCUGUUAAAACUGAGUUUUUUUUAUUUAUGAUGACAACUGUGAACAGAUUGGUUUUUAAUUACCUCAACUCUUAGGAAGAAACAGAGCUGUUAUCAUUCAUAGAGUCUGUUUUUCCUCUGCUGUCACUGAAACGUGUCUGAUUAUCAGUCAGUGUUGACCUUCAUUGACCUUCACCUGCCCUCUCAGUAUCUUAAAUGCUAUUCUAAAUGUAAAAAGCACACAGGACUUGUACUCUGUGUCUCUAAAACAGUCUGCACACAGACACAGACAUAUGAAAGGCCUCUAUGUUCUAUAGGUGCAAACUGAAACCACCUGACAGCAGGUGCUCAGAGACAGUCUGGCUGCACCCAUUAGGGGCUUGGACCACGCAUUAAUGCUUUACUUGUUUUAAAGUUGUGUGUUUCUGUCUGAGUGUGUGAGACCUGAAGUUUACUCUGUGAGUAUCUCUGAAGAACCAGACUGUAAAUACACACAGCUCUACCUUUAUUACCUGACAAUCUGAAAGUGAAGCCCAUGUCCGCGUGAGUGUGUAUAUAUGCUGUACAAACAGAUAAUAAAUCAAUGUAUUUGUACUCCAGUCUGAGCGUCAUGCCCUGAUGUCCAUACAUGCUAAAUAAACACAUCAGAAAACA